ACAUUUUACCUAUAGCCUAUAGGUAUAUUACAAUUGUGUAUGUGUGUGUGUCACAUAUAAUAAUAAUAAUAAUAAUAAUAAAAACAAUAAACACAACAAGUAAAUAAAAUAAAAUAAAAUAAGGCUCUCUACAUAUGUAAUUUUAGUUCCUAGGUCAUGUUUAAUUGGCAAAAAUAGAUUUGUUGUGUUUUUUUCUCAACUAUAAAAUACAGUGUUGUCAAAUAAAAGUAAAUUAUGUCAAACGAGGAACGUCUCCGUUGUUUACUUUCUGAUCUUGGUAAAGCAACACUACGUGGUAUUAAAAAAUGUCCAAAAUGUGGUACAUACAAUGGAUCUCGUGGAUUAUGCUGUAAAAAUAAAAAUUGUGAUGCUGUAUUUAAAGAACCUGGUGAAAAACGUGGUAAAUUAUCAACAGAAGCAUGUAAAUUAAUAACUGGUACUGUUGCACAAAUAUAUUCAGUAAGAGUUAGAGAUAAAGGACCAGAUUAUCGUGGUUUUGUUCAAUUACCAUUAAUUAAUGGUACAUACCAAAAUAAUGAUACAAAUAGUGCAACAUUAUGUUUUGUUGAUGGUUGUGAAUAUGAUUUUGAUAUGAGUGUAUUACAAUAUCAUGAAAAUAAUAGUAAUAACAGUAACAGCAGUAACAGCAGUAACAAUAACAUUGAUAAUAAUAAUUGUAUUGCUCCAAGUUGUCAUCAUAUAUUAGCUGCACAAAGAUGUUAUGCUGAGGCACAACCAUUAACAUUAAAAAAUUCAAUAAUAAAUAAAUUUGUUGUUAAUAAUGAAAUAAAUAAAGAAAUUCGUUUAUUGGCAUCAGAGGCAUCAAUUGGACCAUUAGUACAAAGAGUAUCAAAAAAUAUUAUGGCUGUUAAAUGUAAAGUAUCAUCAAAGCAUCCUUUGGGUUAUUUGCAUUUUUCAUUUUAUGCAAUUAAAUUAAAAGAUAAAACUGAACAUAAAUAUUAUUGUACUUGUACUAGUGCAAUUAAAAAAAAUAGUGGUGUCAAUGAACAAAGUGCUAUUAUAAAUAAAAAAACAAAUCAAUUUAAUCGUCGUUGUGUUCAUUUUUAUGCAUGCAUAUGUGCUUUUGCAAGUGAUCCAAAAUUAUGUCAAGAAUUUUCUUAUUAUAUUAAUUUAAAUAUUCAAGAAAAACAAAUUCAACAAUCAAUUGACAAUAAUGUAUAUCAAAUAUUUAAUGAUAAUGAUGAAGAUGAAGAUGAUGAUGAUGAUGAUGAUGAUGAUGAUAAAAUGAUUGAAAUGGAUCUUGAAAGUUUAACUGAUAAUACACAUUUUGUUAUAUUUCAAGAUAAUACAUUAACUGGUGGUGCUAGACUUGAUUUAGACUCAAUUAAUUUAGAUACAAGUAUUGAUACACAAUGUCAACAACAAGAAUUAUUUCAAGAUACCAAUAAUCAACAACAGUCUGUUGAAAUUAUUCCUAAUAUUGAUAACAGAUAUAAUUUAAUAAAUACUGCUGAUUUUUUUUUAAAUGAUAAUGAUAAUGGUAAUAUAAAAAUUGUUGAUGGAACAACAAUUAAAAUGAUUGAUAAUCAAACAAUUAUUGAUGUUAAAGGUAUUAAAUUUGUUGAAAGUAUUAUUAACAGUAAUAAAAUAAUUGAACCAAAUAAUUGUAUACAAUUUGAUAGUAAUAUAUCAACAACACAAAUCAAUAAUAAUAAUAAUAAUAAUAAUAAUAAUAUACAUUCAACAUCUGUUAAACGUAAAAGAGAUGAUAAAUUGACAAAAUUAAAUUUACAUAUAAAUAAUAAUUUAAAUUCAAUUGAAACACGAAAAAUAAAAACAAAAUCAAAUACUAAUAAUAAUAAUAAUAAUAAUAAUAAUAAAUUUCAAAUAAUAAAAAAAUUAGAUAAUAAUAAUAAUAGUAAAUUAUUUAAUGAAGAUAAUACUAAUUUGUCAUUUAUAAAAUGGCUUGCAUCAAUAACUGAAAGAAUAAAUCAAACAAUGCAUUAUCAAUUUGAUGGUAAACCAGAACCACUUGUAUUUCAUGUACCACAAAUAUUUUUUGAUUGUCUCAGAGAAAGAAUAUCAUGUGGUGGAAAAAAAAAAAGAUUACCAAAUUCAACAACAGCAUUUAUAAGAAAAGACGGUGUGCCACUUGGUACAUUUACAAAAUACACAUGGCAAAUAACAAAUAUAAUACAUGUCAAAAGUAUAUUUGAUACACACUUGAUACCAUUAGAAAUAACUAAAAGCUUUAUUGAAAAUGGUGAUGGAACUUAUGAAUUGUACAAACGUCAAGAAACUGAAAUUGAUCGUUUUAAAAAAAAUGGUAAUAAUGCUUUAAUAAAACCCCUGGAAAUAAAAACAUUUCUCAAAGUUGGAAAAACAUGUCCAAAUCAAGUUGAGCCAACUCCAUUUCUCAUUGAAUGGAUACCAGAUAUAUUACCAAUAUCAAAAAUUGGUGAGCUUAGAAUACGUUUUGAAUAUGGUCAUAUUAAAAAUAUGACGACAUCACAAAAGCCGAUUAAAAUCACAUCACAUACUAAAAAUUACUCUUAAUAUAAUUAUAUCUUUUAUUAGUUUUAUCUUAAUUUUUUUCAAAAGUCAGUAUUUUUCUUUGUUUAUUAUUAUUUAUUAUCAUUUAUUAAAAAUUGUAAAUAUAGUUUGAGUCAAUUAAAUUUUAUUAUUUAUUUUUUAUCCAAGUCAGGAAGUCUAUGAAUUUUCUGAUGAAAUAAAUACGUCGAUAAUAAUAAUAAUUCAAGGUAAUAAAUAAACGAAUGAGUGAGUGACAAUAGUAAUGACAGUACCAAUUAAGUUGAAGUUUUUU